GAAUAAUUUCCUUCUUCAAGAAACUCAAACUAAUACAUUACUUCUUUUAUCUCUUACACCUUGCGGUGGCGCCGCCGUAGAACAUGGCGGCGGCCUUCCAUUAUUACAGCUGCUGCUACUUCUUUUCCAUAAAUGGCGGCAGCAGCAGUAGAAUUUCUCGAGUGAGGCCGAGGGCAGUGGCUCCUAAUUUAGAGGAAGAGAAAGUGAAGUUGGGGGGUUCGGAAGUGAAGGUAAGUAGGCUUGGAAUUGGAGCUUGGUCUUGGGGAGAUAACAUCUAUUGGAAUAAUAAUAGCUUUGAAUGGGAUGAUAGGAAGCUGAAGGCUGCUAAAGCUGCUUUUAAUGCUAGUAUUGACAAUAACAUUACCUUCAUUGAUACCGCGGAAAUUUAUGGUGCCCCAUACACAUUAGGCGCUAUAGAUUCAGAAACUCUUCUAGGAAGAUUCAUUAAAGAAAAGAAGCAUAAGGAUCCUGGAUUUGAGGUCACGGUUGCUACCAAAUAUGCGGUUUUUCCAUGGAGGCUCGGUCGUCACAGUGUCGUAAGUGCUCUCAAGGAGUCGCUCUGUCGUCUCGGUCUCGAAUCAGUUGACUUGUAUCAACUUCAUUGGCCUGGAAUAUGGGGAAAUGAAGAGUAUAUUGAUGGUCUUGGAGAUGCUGUUGAGCAAGGACUUGUGAAGGCUGUUGGUGUUUCAAAUUAUAAUGAGAAGCGACUUCGAGAUGCAUAUGAGAAACUUAAGAAAAGAGGCAUUCCACUAGCUUCAAAUCAAGUGAAUUAUAGCCUCAUACAUAGAGUACCAGAAGAGAACGGUGUGAAGGCUGCUUGUGAUGAACUUGGGGUCACCUUGAUUGCUUAUGCACCUUUAGCUCAAGGUGUUCUAACAGGAAAGUAUACACCAACAAAUCCUCCAAUUGGCCUCCGAUCCCUCAUUUACUCUUCAGAGUUUUUAGCAAAGCUUCAACCACUCUUGAAUCUAAUAAGGGACAUAGGAGAGAAGUACAAUAAAUCCCCCACACAAGUGGCGUUGAACUGGUUGAUAGCACAAGGAAAUGUGGUGCCAAUCCCGGGAGCCAAAAAUGAAGAACAAGCCAUUGAAUUUGUUGGUGCUUUGGGUUGGACAAUUUCCAAUGAAGAAAUACAUCAACUUCGCUCCUUCGCUUCUAAACUUCGACCUCUUUUUGGUCUUCCUUUUGAAAACCUCUAAAUUAUCCAUUAUAAAUUCAUCCCUUUGGUUAAUUAAGUCAUAUAUAUUUGCUUCACUUUUGUUUUAAUUUUUCAUCCUGAAUAAGUUGUAGUACUUGGAAAAAAAAUGGUUGAUAUAUUCAUGGAUAAUGAAAUUACAUAAAUAGUCUAUAUUAUCGUGUUGAA